CAAUGAAGACUGUCUCUUUACUGGAAUGUGAAUUUAGUUAAGGGGUUGUAAUUAUUAGUUUAGCACCAGCGAUACAGAUACACACGAGAUGAGACACAGUUGUUUGUUGUAGCAGUUGCCCUUGAGCCCUUGCCCAACAAAGAAACAGGAGGAGGUAGAAGAAGAAGAAGAGAGGAAUGAGUUGGCGCCGAGGGGGUUACAGACCCUAAUAAAUAUAUAAAAUUGAGAGAGAUAGAGAGGGAGAGCAGUGGAGAGGAGUCUAUGAUGCUUUGCGAAGCAUUGCGUGAUCGAAUACAGGCAUGGCUUCGUGACUACGACAGGCUUCAAUAUCUCGCCGUCAUCCUCCUCUACAUUCAGAUUGCUUGCGCAUUAUUAGGAUCGCUGGGAGCAUUGUACAACGGAGUGUUGCUGAUCAAUCUGGCCAUUGCCUUGUUCGCUCUGGUCGCCAUCGAAAGCAGCAGUCAGAGCCUCGGCCGCACUUACGCCGUCCUCCUCCUCUGCGCUAUCCUCCUCGAUGUCUUCUGGUUCAUUCUCUUUUGUCACGAAAUCUGGAUUCUUAAACCCGGCGAUUAUACAUCUCUGUAUAUCUUUUCAGUCAAGCUCACUCUCGCUAUGCAAAUCAUCGGCUUCUCUAUCCGGUUUUCCUCCUCAUUCCUGUGGAUUCAGAUCUACAGGUUGGGCCUAUCCUAUGUAGUCGAACCUGCCCCAACUCCUAGAGAUGCCGAUUUUGAUUUACGCAAUAGUUUCUUGAGUCCAACUACUCCCACGCCUGCUGUACUUAGACAAACCUCCGAUUCUAGUGAUGCCUUAGGAGGCUCUAUCUAUGAUCCUACUUAUUACUCCUCACUCUUCGAAGAGGGCCAGGGAAAAUGUUACAGUGGCAAUGGAUCUACAUCUGCUGCUGAAGCUUCUAAGGUGAAACCAUCUGUAGUCAGAUCUUUUCAGUCAGAUGAGAAGACAGCAAGCCAGCAUUCAAUUUAAUUUUGAAUAGGGUUUUCUCUGUUUUUUUUUGAUCCACUCCCAUUAUUGUUUAGAGGAUCAUUCACUUAGUCACUGCGGCCGGUUUGAGCAUUGGGGAGUGGGGCUUGUACAGUCAAACACACUAUUAAGCAUUUUUGCCUAGAUGGAAGCUGUCGAUCAAAGUAGAGUACCCAUGUGGUUUGGUAUGUCAAAAGCUUGGAUCAGGAUUCGAUCCCCAUGCUCGUGAUUUGGACGAUGUUUCUUGGAUGUGCAAUUACAUUUGGCAUGUUGUAUUGGCUGAAUGUCCAAUCAGGCAUGAUCCAUGUAAUGUGUGUCAACUUUCGGGAUAUGCAAUUAGGCAUUGAUUGUAAGCAGAUUGUGCAGCGGGGAAGUUGACAAGUGUAUCCUGGUCAAGUAACCCAGGCAAUUGCUUCUUGGCCCCGUAAUAUAAAGGUUUGGUUGAUCAUUCAGUUCAGCCGACCUUUGGUUUUAAAUAGAUCAAACACUCCGUGGCUAUAUCUUCGACUUCGACUAUAUAAUUGCAGAUUUUUUCAAGU